AUGAUACGGGGUGUAGCAAGCCUUGUCAUCCCGCUAUCUAUUUCACUCCUUUCAGACGGAUACCAAAGGCCAGAUACUGUCUACGACGCUCUCGAGGAUUUGUACACGGUGAACAGCGGACUGGGUUCCAGCAAUUUCAUUGCAGGGGUUUCACCAUGCAGUUUCGCUCCGGCUAAUACCAGGACUACUGGCAGGCAAGCUGCUGCUGAGUGGGUCCGCACUGCGUACCAUGAUAUGGCUACGGCAGAUGUGGAAGCUGGCACUGGUGGAAUUGAUGCCUCUAUCACUUUUGAGACCGAUCGCGCAGAAAAUGUCGGUGAUGCUUUCAACGCCAGCUUCAAUUUCUUUGUCGGGUUCCAAAACAAGCGUGUAUCCAUGUCUGACCUCAUCGCACUCGGAACUGUUUAUGCUGUCCGUGCAUGCUCAGGGCCUUCCAUAUCUUACCGGGCCGGUCGUAUCGAUGCCACAGGGCCUGGUUCUAAGGGCGUCCCUGAGCCCCAAGGAGAUCUUGCAACGCAUACUGCUUCGUUCGCGAAACAAGGCUUUAAUGUGAGCGAGAUGAUUGGUCUCGUGGCAUGUGGACACACUCUAGGUGGUGUCCACGAGCAAGAUUUUUCUACAAUUGUGCAGGGAGAGACGAAUGCAGAUAACAACACGAGUGGAAUGCAACAUUUCGACGACUCUUUUGACUCUUUCGACAACCACAUCGCUGUACAAUGGAUGAACAGUAGUACUUCUACCAAUACACUGGCGACUGGCUUCAAUACCACGACAAACUCGGAUGCGCGUAUAUUUGCUGCCGACGGCAAUGCCACCAUGCGCGACCUCGCUUCCAACAACCAAGUCUUUCAGGACCGAUGCGCCUAUCUUCUUUCACGGAUGAUCCAUACCGUCCCAAAAGGCGUUCAAUUGACAGAUGUUAUCACUCCCAUUCCCGUCAAGCCCUGGCUUGCUCAAUUGAGUAUUGACAACAACGGAAAGCUGCAAUUUGAAGGCUAUAUCAGGAUCUUCUCUACAAACAAGUCCCAGUCUCCCAGAGACUACGCCGUCAACAUGACCUGGACGGAUCACAAUGGUGCAGCCUGUGACGGCUGUAGUGCUACGGCAAGAUUCCCUGGGCUCUUCAGCGGCUCGUUCUGGGGCGCGGUCGCGUUGUUCCACUUCAACAUUACCAUCGAUCCGAGCGUUGGAUUCUCUGCAUUCAGCGUAGAGUAUACAAACACUCCCGGGGGACCUCUAACCAAAGCAGAUAAUGAUGGAGCUGGUUUCCCUUUCGACGACGUUGCUGUGCUGCACAAGUCGGCCAGCUGCAUUGCUAACGAUGGUAGCGUCAAAGCUGUCGUUGCGAUCCGCAAUGACCAGAAGAUAAUGUCGGCAUAUAUCAUCGCCACAUCAGCCGUGAAGCAGGCCGGCUCUAUCGCUCGCAAGCUGUCCACGGCCUUCGUCAACGUGACCGAAAGCGGCCCCUCCCUGUCCAGCUUGUACACUUUAUAUUCCGCCGAGUUUAACGUUGGCUUAGUAGAAAACGCUUCAUUUGAUCUUGUCGUCGAGACCGGAGGUAAAACUCACAUCACUGACUUCGUUCGCCCAAAUGGUUUCCAGAGUUGCUAG